ACUCUGAACUUCCUGGGUAGGAAGCUCCACGUUGGAUCUGGCAAGAUUGGGAGAGAGACCAUGUCUUCAGCUUCAAAGAUCCGCCAUAGAUCAGAGCCAAUGCCAGAGAUCAUGGUGAAAAUCAUUGGAAGUAAAUAUUUUCGAUACCUUGUGGAAAAGCCAAAGAUCAAUCAGAAUGAAAAGUCGAAGACAGAACCUCAAACCACACUCCAGAAAUCCCAGCCUGAUUAUGCAAGGCAGGUGAACAGAGACCUGCCAGGACCCUCCAACCCUUCUGAUCAGAAAAUCACUUCUAACCCUGCUGAGAAGGAGGACAGCAAGCACCCAGGCAGCAGUCAGAAACCAGAGAACAACCAAAAAUUCUUAACAAGAGUACCCAGUAACAGAUUCCUGGAUGGCAGGACUUCCCAUGAGGCAAACGUCUACUGCAGCUCUGUACCAACUGGAGACCAGUCUCUAUCCUAUAUGCACUAUCUCCCCAGAAGAAAAUCUAGAGACUGCUCUUUGGAACAUAUAACCAAGGAGAGAACUGGCCAGCCUGAGGAAACUGUUCUAAGGCCAAGUAUUAUGACAAGAGAAGAUGCUUUUCUCCUCACUUUGGUCAGAAAAGAACUCAAGUCAUACCCAUUGAGCUCCAGUCUGUGGGACAAACUUCUGAAAGAGUUGAAGACUCUGGAUCCCAUCUCUUCAGGGUUUCUCCUCCAGUCGCAGCUGAGCCGCCUCUUCCUAAGGCUUGAAGUCCCUCUACAGUUACCAACAGUCAAGCUACUCUGCCAAAGAUUUUCUAGAAGGGAUUCUCCUGAAAUGGUGAAUUAUGGAGAGCUACUCCGGUUUUUAAAGGGGGCAAGUACAGACCAUUUGCAUAAAAAUGGAACUGCUGUAUACCCUAACCCAAGGAAAACUCCAAAUCAAAGCCACCACAGACAAAGCACACCCCCUCAAGGUUCUGGCUUACUGGCUGAAGUGAACAAGAGCUUGCUGGAGAUUUUGAAGAUGGCACUAAGAACAUGCCAAGGCAGAGUCAACAUAGACAACCUCAAUCUGAGCCUUCGCAAAGAAGAUCGGUCAUUCUCUGGCUGCCUUCCCCUGCCCAAGGUCAGAGCUAUAUGUGGCAAGCAUGGAUUGUAUCUAACCUUGACCCUGCUGCAAACAUUGCUUAACCACCAAGAUUUGGGUUACCAAGGUGAAAUAAAGUGGCAGAAUUUUGUUAAGUGGCUAAAGAGGGCUUCUUCUGAUCUGUUGUGCGAUUUGCCUGUAGGAAAGAAUGAAAAGAAAACCCCAGGGGCCUUGGUUGAAGUCUCUGAGAGACCCCAAAGCAAAACUGAACAUGUGAAAACUCCAGAAGAGAAUCUCUGGCCGGAAAACCCUACCACUAUGAUUUCAGCCCCAAAAGAACCAGUGAAUUCCUUUAAGAAAAGGCCAGUCUCUCAGCCUGAUUCGAGUCCAGCCAUGAUGAAAGAGGCUGAACAACCUGAGCUGUGGAUAGACAGGUUCAGAAAGCUGGAAAACGCCCUCUACUUAUGUGACCUGAGCAACACAGGAGUUCUGGAAAAGGAAAGAGCCAGACGCCUCAUCCACAACUACAAUCUCAUUUACAACUUGUCCCUGAGUCCUCAGAGAAUUGACCUGGCCUUGCGGAGAUUCUGUUCUGGAGAAAACUUAAUCUUAGAGCCAGCACUGCGGUAUUUGAAGGAGCUGUAAAAAACAAGCAUGCACCCUGAGAACAGAUGUUUCCUUCAUCUUCCCAUUACCUGAACUUGUGCUUUUCCUCAAUCUGCAUGCUGGGAUAGAGGCUCUGUCUGAGCUGAGACAGAUAUAGUUGUUCUACCUACUUUUGCCUUGUAUUUGGCCGUCAGGAGGAGCUGUUUACAAUGAUUAGAGAAAUCUGGUUUUCUCUUCUGAUCUAACAAGAGUCCAAUCAUUAACUUGCUCUUCUGUUCUUAUAGAGCUUAUUAUCAAUGUGUUUGAUGCUUUUUUCUACAUUGCUAACUGCUUUUGUAAACAACAUGAGUUUAUGUAUCAAAAAGCAUGCAAGAUGGUGUUAACUCACCAGAAUAUCUAAUGAAGAGUCAACUCAAUAAAUAUUUUGUUGGAUGUUUGGAGACAGGGUCUAAAUAUAUAGUCCAGACUGGCCUUCAACCUGUAGUCUUACUGUCUGAGAUUCCUUUGGGCUCCAAUACAUAAUUUCCAAUGUAGGCAAAUAGGUUCAUAUGCUAGUCACUAUUCUAGGAAGGAUUUCCACUACAAGAAAAAUAAUAGUAUUGACACUGAACAGUAAGCAGUACAAUAAUUUUAAGUUAGAGUUUUCUAUAUAAGUCCAGCAUCUUUUCCAGGGCAAUGUGACCAGUGUCUUCAGGGAUAUUUCCCAAAAUCCUUGAGAGAAGUAUUAAGAAAGGAUGCCUGGACUUAGACUUUGAGACAUGUUCCACUCUCUCAGGGCAGGAAAGCCUGGUAGAGUUUCCAUCAACCACAGAGUUCUAUCUUGAAUAUGCUCUUCAGCUCUUCCCUUCCUAAGCACAACAGAGAUAGCCAUGGGUUCACUGAAGACCUCAGAGAUAAGCCAUCCCCAGGAACAUCACCAAUGCAAACUAAUUUGGUUGCUAACCUUGAGUUGUAUGGGAGAUAAAUGAAUAAGUUAGAUCACCCAGGUCAGGGAAGCAUCAAACAAAAUGACCUCUGAGCAGCCUUGUUGUCCAUUUUCUAGUGAGGUACCUCAUGAUAACAUCUCAUGAACAAACUUCCAAGAACAAAAUGACCUAGAUCCAUUAAAAUAAACUCUUUACUAUCUUAACUCCUGGAACUCCUCGACCUGCCUUAUUAAGUCAAGAGAGUAAAGACAGGAAUAGCUUUCUCACUUUGCCAACUUGCCAAGUGAAGAAAAUGAGGGUUUUAGGUCUAAUGGUUCCAUACAACUGCUAAGUACCAGGAAGCUAACACGUCAUUCCCCCAACUUUGAUAUUUUAAUAAAAUGUCUCAUAGGUCCAUUUCACAGACAAGCAAAUAUGCUUAGAAAAGUAAAGAGUAAGAAAGUGCCAGGCUGUGCUAAUCACUUGCCAGAUAGAGGUGGCUUCCAUGGGGAGCUCUGGAUCCUGGUAGACCAUUUAUCUCUGGGCAGGAGGGCAGGAAAGGCAGCUGGGAUAGAGGGACCCCCAUAUCUGAUUUGAGAUUAGAUUAAUAAACUCAAUCAUAAUUGCUAGCAGCACAAGUUUUACUGUUGCUCAGAAUUUUCUAUCCCCAUCCAGCAGAGUUGUUAAUCUGUUGCCUUAUUAAAAACUAAUGUAUGUGGAUGGGGCUCAUUUUCCAUAGACUGCAGUGUAAGAGGUGUUCCCAGAAUUGUGUGCCUACAGGUGGGAUGUAACUAGUUCUCCAACAGUAUUGGCUGGAUGAAUGCUUUUUUACAGAGUGAAACCAUGGCCAGAUCAUAACCCACAGUUUCCACCCUCACCAUCCAGACUACACCAAGAAUAGAAAAGGAGCAGGCUCUAAAAACAGCAAAAAGCCAUUCAAUACACAGUAGAUUUGGCAGUGGCUUGAUCUCCCCAAACUUCAGUUUCUUCAUCUACAAGAAGGAAGUAAUUGGACCUCCUUGUAAGAGUGUGAUAAACACUGGAAACAACGCCAUUUUUACAGCUCCACACACAUAGGAAACAUGAACUCUCAGGAAAUCUAAAAAAAAACUGAACAAAUGGUCUGUGUUGUGUAACAGAGGGGAGUCAGGCCAUUGCCAUACUAAAACAAAUUUUGAUAUGUAUUUUGUUCUUCUAGUAUCAAAUAACAAUUGCUUUUGAAUCACCUCCUGUCUAGUGUUCUUCACUGCUUUAUCCCCAAGUCUUGUGUGUGUGUCUGUGUGUGUGUGUGUGUUUGUGUCUGUGUGUUGUUUUAAAACAAAUAGAGACAUGAAGUGGUGUGGGAGGAGGGGGAGAGGGUGAAUCUGUAAACUGUUACAGGAAGAAAUGGGGGUAAAUAUGGUCAAAAUAUGUUGUAUGAAAUUCUCC